ACUAAAUCAAAAUGCACGCAUUCAACUAUCUAACUAGAGUUUGCAUUAGCAAGUACAUACAUAUAUAACGAGUGCUUGAGUUGAAGGCAUUGUUGCAUGGAACAAUGGAGAAAGAGAAAGAAAUAAUGGCAGAAGGAGAAGUGUUGAAGUUUGAUGAGACAACGAUAAGCGCUCAAAGAGCUGCAAGGAGUGGAAACUGGAGAAUGUUCAAGAAAAUCUUGGAGAAAGACACAAAGCGUUUGGUGGAGCCUUUUGACUUGUUUGGGAACACUGCGAUUCACAUUGCAACACGUUCCAACAAUCCAGGGCUUCUCCGUGAGUUGUUGGAAAUGCUGAGUGAGAAGGAGAGGUGGCAUGCAUUGAGGAAGGGGAAUUGUGUGAAUAACACCCUUCUCCAUGAGAUCAUCUUCUGUACUACGAUGGAGAUGGCUGGUGUUGUGUUGAAGUUUCAGAAUGAGGCUGCACCAGAAGAGAUAUCAGAAGAAAUACCAGAAGAAAAGAGAAGGGUGCCAUUGCUAGAGAUCGUAAAUGACUCAGGUGAAACCCCUCUCUUUAGAGCUGCUAAACUUGGCAGGCUUAAGAUGCUCAAGUAUAUGGCCAAACAUGCUGAGGGUGACAUAAGAAGGCUUUUUGUUAGAUUUGACAAAUAUUCCAUUCUUCAUGCAAGCAUUCUUGGACAGUUUUUUGAUGUUGCUAUCUGGUUGUUAAAAAUGGAUGAAAAACUAGCUCAACACAAGGAUAUGAAUGGAAUGACAUGUCUUCAACUUCUAUCCAAUAUGCCACUUGUGUUUAGGAGCCAAGCCCCUACCAUGGGAACACUGAAGAACCUUAUAUAUAGCAUGCUUCCGGAGGAAGGAUAUGAAAUCCAUGAUGAUGAUGAUGAAAAUGGCAGUGCUGACUACACACGUCAAAGGAACGAUAUAGAAAGUGGCCAACAAGAGAAGAACAAUUUUCCUAGUUCAGUUCUUUCGAGGAUCAACUAUGCUGUUUGGAGAACUCUGGCUAAAGAAUUCGAUGGGAUUGGACGCAUAUGGCAACUAAAGAAGCAGCAUAAAUUAGUAGAGCAUCUGUCUGAGUUGUUAGUGGAGAAGGACUUUUCAUGGCAGAUUUCGUUUCACGAAAACUUUCAACCCUUGAUUGUAUUGCCGGUUCUUUCCUCCAAAUCAGACAGGAUAAAACACCUUCACUACACGAAGGAGAUGCACAAGACCAACAGUGAAAUGUCUCGUUCUAGAAGUUACAGACCUAUAACCACCGCAACAAGUCUUCCCCAUUCUCAGAACUACACGCCACUUCUCAUGGCAGCUGGCUCAGGAAUCGUGGAAAUCGUUGGGAAAAUCAUUGACAGGUUUCCGGAGGCCAUUUGUCACGUUAGCCAGGACGAACACAACGUUCUGCACAUGGCUGUGAAGCACCGUCAGCUGAAAAUCUUCAACAUGCUAAGGAAACAUUCCGCAUUCAAAUCAUUGAUAUUCCGGAUAACUGCAGAAGGUCGAACUCUCUUGCACCAAAUAUCGAGAAUGGAGUUUUACGUAGAGCAGCACCUACCCGGUGUUGCAUUCCAACUCCAAGACGAGUUGCGCUGGUACGAACGAGUGAAAGACAUUGUUCCAACAUACUACCUGAUGCACUGUGACAAAGACGGGCUAACGGCGGAGGAUGUGUUGGAAAUGGAGCAUCGAGAGAUGCACAAAGAAGCAAAAGGGUGGAUUAAGGAAACGGCACAGUCAUGCUCGACCGUGGCUGUUCUUGUUGCCACGGUGGUUUUUGCGGCGGCGUACACCAUCCCAGGUGGCACUAAUCAGAACAAUGGCACGCCUUUGUUUCUUGGUUCUCGAGUGUUUCUGUUCUACACUGUGACGGAUGUUGUGGCACUUGUGAGUUCACUGGCAUCGGUGGUGAUGUUUCUGUCAAUCCUAACAUCCCCGUUUGAGCUUUGGGAUUUCCGAAGGUCUCUGCCGCAGAAACUGAGCUUAGGGUUUGCCUCUCUCUUCUUCUCGUUGGUGUGCACGAUGCUCACAUUCAGUGCAACAGUUUUGCUGACCAUUCGGUUGGAGAAUCACCAGAAAUGGGCUUCUGUUUUGUUUUGCUGUGCUGUGUUCUUUCCUGUGGCAUUUUUUUGGAGAAUGCAGUUUCCACUUUACAAGAUGAUUCGACAUCUCGCUAAGCGACUGUUCAAGACGCUUAGACAAGUAGUGCCAACUACGUUUGUCAAAUAUUCUCGGAAAAGGGCUCAGACAAGAAAUUAUAACGUUAUCAAUGACUAGCUGGCUAGUUCUGAGAAACCAAUA